CCUCUCUCUGGACAGGGAUUGCUCAAAGCCAUGAGGUCAGUCAGCAUGCAGCUAGAAUGGGUGAUACCAUGGCUCAGCCUUUGCCUUGGCCUAUCAGCAGCCACCAUUGUCACGGUUCAAAACACUGGAAAAAUGCCGGUAAUUACAGUAGUGAGCCCAUCUCACAACAACCAGUUCUGCAGCACAUGGGGAAACUAUCACUUUAAGACAUUUGAUGGGGAUUUGUUCAGGCUUCCAUCCACUUGCAGCUACAUCUUUGCAUCCCAGUGUAAGGCAGACUACAACAGUUUCAACAUUGAGCUCCAGCGACAGGAGUCCGAUGAGGUUACCACCAUUAACAAAGUCACAAUGAAACUGGAUGGUGAAGUUGUGGAAUUAGCUAAUGGAUCCAUCAAAAUCAACAAUGAACCUGCUGAAAUACCCUUCAGUCGCGGUGGCAUUUCAGUAGAAAGCAUUGCAUCCUAUGUUAAAGUUCAGGCAAAGCUGGGAUUGGUCUUAAUGUGGAAUCAAGAAGACUCCCUCUGGGUUGAACUGGAUGCAAAAUUCAGAAAUCAAACUUGUGGUCUGUGUGGUGACUUCAAUGAGCUGAAUAAUGAGUUCACAAAUUCAGAUACAGGGGCUUCUUACAGUAUUGACGAAUAUGGGGACAAGUGGAAAAUCAGUGGUCUGUCUGACAAUUGUGAGACCACGUCCUUUCAAGCCAAAGAGUCAUGCGAAGUUCCGGAAGACCUCUGCCAGAAACUGCAAACUGAAAGUGCAUUUGAUAGUUGUCAAGGCCUGAUUGACACCGAGUCCUUCAUUAACGCCUGUAAGGAAGAUCUGUGCUCCUGUGACAGCAAUGAUACGUCUUGCAUGUGUGCGACCAUGUCAGAGUACUCCCGUCAGUGUGCUCAUGCAGGCGGGACACCAGGGCAGUGGAAGAACCCAAAUUUCUGUGGAAAAUCAUGCCCCUUCAACCUGGAGUAUAAGGAAUGUGGUAAUCCCUGCAUGGACACUUGCAAAAACCAGGGCACCAACCAAGUGUGUAGUGAACACUGUGUUGAUGGAUGUUUCUGUCCAUUUGGGACUGUCUUGGAUGAUGUCACACAUACUGGGUGCGUCACUGUUGACAACUGCAGCUGCUUGCAUAAUGGAGAAAUAUACCAACCAGGACAAUCCUACUCCGGGCCAUGCAAGAACUGCACCUGCAUAAAUGGUGAGUGGAUCUGUAAUUUUAAAGACUGUCCUGGUGUUUGUUCCAUCCUGGGUGGCUCUCACAUCACCACCUAUGACGAUAAAACGUAUAUGUUCCACGGAGAGUGUUCUUAUGUUCUGACAAAGGAAAUCAAUGGGACUUUCAGUCUUCAAGGCGACUUGGUUAAAUGUGAAAAAUCUGACAAAUCAACUUGCCUUGCUUCAAUCACACUACUACUGUCAAAUCAUGUGAUGGUUAAAGUUGAAGCCAGUGGGCAGGUCUUUUACAACACACUGCUCUCUCAGCUUCCUCUCUUUUUGGAUGAUAUCACAAUUUUCCACCCAUCUACAUUCUUUCUUGUAAUCCACACCACCUACGGGCUUGAUGUUGAGAUUCAGCUCACACCUGUUAUGCAGGUCUACAUCAAAGCCAAUGUAUCUAAUAAAGGAAAACUCAUCGGUCUUUGUGGAGAUUUUGAUGACGAUGGAUCACAGGACUUCAAAACAACCAACGGUAUAGUUGAAAAAACAGCUUGGACAUUUGCCAACACAUGGAAAACCAAGCCAAAUUGCCCUGAUGUGACAAAUAUACUUGGGGACCCCUGCAGUUUGAGUACAGAAAAGGAGAAAUAUGCCAAAUACUGGUGCUCCCAGCUGUCAGACCCAAAAGGUGUUUUUUCACUGUGCCAUCCUGUGAUACGGCCAGAAGAGUAUAAACUUAAUUGUAUUUAUGACACGUGUGCCUGUGAAAAAAGCGAGGAUUGCUUGUGUGCUGCUUUAUCUGCCUAUGUUCAUGCAUGUGCUAUUGAAGGCGUAUCGUUAACUGGAUGGAGGAACAACGCAUGCCAGAAAUACACAAAUGACUGUCCACCUACUUUUGUGUAUGACUACAAAAUGACAAGCUGCGGUCGCACCUGUCGCUCUCUUAGUCAGUCAGGUGUAACAUGUGGGGUUGAUUUUACUGCACUUGAUGGUUGUGGCUGUGCUGAAGGAACUUAUCUAAAUGAGAAGAAUGAGUGUGUGUUGCCCUCACAAUGUUCCUGUUACGCUGGAGACACAGUGGUACAUCCUGGGCAGGUUACUACACUCAGUAAUGGACAGAUUUGCUCCUGCCAUGGUGGAAAAUUAACCUGUUCAGGAAAACAAAUGAUUGAAAGUAGCAUGCACAAGCCCAAUGGUUUUCCUCAACUGCUCAAAUGCAAAGCCGGGAGAAAAGGGAUCUGAGUGCCAAAAAAGCUGCCAGACACUGAACAAACAAUGUAUCAGCACACAGUGUAUCUCAGGAUGUGUAUGUCCUGAUGGCCUGCUGUCAGAUAAUAAUGGAGGCUGUGUAAAGCAGGAGGACUGCCCCUGCCCAUAUAAUGGAGAAUACUAUAAACAUGGACAAUCUGUU